GAGAGAGAGAGAGAGAUGUAGAGAGAGAGAGAGAGAGAGGCGGGCAGGCUGCUACUCUGCAGCGCGCGGGGCUCGUGCAGCAUCAGAAAUGUGAGCCUCGCGCUGCAGGAGGACGUCACGGCAGGAUGGCGGGAGGACGGCGGGGUCUCGUGGCCCCUCAGAACACCUUCCUGGAGAACAUCGUCCGCCGGUCCAACGACACGAACUUCGUGCUGGGGAACGCUCAGAUCGUGGACUGGCCCAUCGUCUACAGCAACGACGGCUUCUGCAAACUGUCCGGGUACCAUCGAGCCGAGGUGAUGCAGAAGAGCAGCACCUGCAGCUUCAUGUAUGGAGAGCUGACGGACAUAGAGACGAGUGAGAAGGUCCGGCAGACUUUUGAGGACUACGAGAUGAACUCUUUUGAGAUUCUCAUGUACAAGAAAAACCGGAUGCCGGUUUGGUUUUUCGUGAAGAUCGCGCCAAUCAGGAACGAGCAGGACAAAGUGGUCCUGUUUCUGUGCACCUUCAGUGACAUCACCGCCUUCAAGCAGCCAAUUGAGGACGACUCUUCAAAAGGUUGGGGUAAAUUUGCCCGUCUGACUCGAGCGCUGACCAGCAGCCGAGGAGUUCUUCAGCAGCUCGCUCCCACCGUCCAGAAAGGAGAGAACGUCCACAAACACUCUCGGCUGGCAGAGGUUCUCCAGCUGGGGUCGGACAUUCUGCCGCAGUACAAACAGGAAACCCCGAAGACGCCGCCGCACAUAAUCCUGCACUACUGCCUGUUCAAGACCACGUGGGACUGGGUGAUCCUCAUCCUGACCUUCUACACGGCCAUCAUGGUUCCCUACAACGUGUCCUUCAAGACCAAGCAGAACAACGUCACCUGGCUGGUGGUGGACAGCAUCGUGGACGUCAUCUUCCUCGUGGACAUCGUCCUCAACUUCCACACCACGUUCGUGGGGCCCGGCGGCGAGGUCAUCUCCGACCCCAAGCUCAUCCGCAUGAACUACGUCAAGACGUGGUUCGUCAUCGACCUGCUGUCCUGCCUGCCCUACGACGUCAUCAACGCCUUCGAGAACGUGGACGAGGGGAUCAGCAGCCUGUUCAGCUCUCUCAAAGUGGUGCGUCUGCUGCGUCUGGGCCGCGUGGCGCGGAAGCUGGACCACUACAUUGAGUAUGGCGCGGCCGUGCUGCUGCUGCUGGUGUGCGUGUUCGGACUGGCGGCCCACUGGCUGGCGUGCAUCUGGUUCAGCAUUGGAGACUACGAGGUGAUGGACGAGGACGGCGGCGGCGUGCGGAUGGACAGCUGGCUGUUCCUGCUGGGCGAGACGGUGGGCACGCCCUACAGGUUCAACACCUCGGGCUCGGGCCGCUGGGAGGGCGGGCCCAGCAAGGACUCGGUCUACAUCACGGCGCUGUACUUCACCAUGACCAGCCUCACCAGCAUCGGCUUCGGCAACAUCGCCCCCAACACGGACGGAGAGAAGAUCUUCGCCGUGGCCAUGAUGAUGAUCGGAUCGCUGCUGUACGCCACCAUCUUCGGUAACGUCACCACCAUCUUCCAGCAGAUGUACGCCAACACCAACCGCUACCACGAGAUGCUCAACAGCGUGCGCGACUUCCUCAAACUCUACCAGGUGCCCAAAGGCCUCAGCGAGCGCGUCAUGGACUACAUCGUGUCCACCUGGUCCAUGUCCAGAGGCAUCGACACAGACAAGGUGCUCCAGAUCUGUCCUAAGGACAUGCGAGCGGACAUCUGCGUCCACCUGAACAGGAAGGUGUUCAAGGAGCACCCGGCGUUCCGGCUGGCGAGCGACGGCUGCCUGCGGGCCCUCGCCAUGGAGUUCCAGACGGUGCACAGCGCGCCGGGCGACCUGCUGUACCACGCCGGGGAGAGCGUGGACAACCUCUGCUUCGUGGUGUCAGGCUCUCUGGAGGUCAUCCAGGACGACGAGGUGGUGGCCAUCUUAGGUAAAGGCGACGUGUUUGGGGACAUCUUCUGGAAGGAGAUGACGCUGGCCCAGUCGUGCGCUAACGUGCGAGCGCUGACAUACUGCGACCUCCACAUCAUCAAACGGGACGCGCUGCAGAAAGUUCUCAACUUCUACUCGGCCUUCGCCAACCACUUCUCCCGAAACCUGCUGCUCACCUACAACCUGAGGAAGAGGAUUGUCUUCCGGAAGAUCAGUGAUGUGAAACGUGAGGAAGAGGAGAUGUUGAAGAGGAAGAACGAGGCUCCUCUCAACCUGCCUCCGGAUCAUCCGGUGCGACGCCUCUUCCAGCGUUUCAGGCAGCAGCGGGAGGCACGGCUCGCCACCGAGCGUGCCGAUCACGACGCUGGUGAUGUGGAGACGGGCGUCGUUCCCCUGGAGAAGCCCAGAGGUCCGGUGGUCCUGGCCUCCACCAGCAUAGUCAUGGUGACGGAGAACCAAUCCACGGCAACCACAUCCUCGACAUCCUCUGCUUCCUCCCGGACGUCCAGCCGAGUCAUGCUCCACGCUCCCGCCACACAAAACGGAAACGUGAUCGGCUGCAAAUCAGCAGAGCCGGCCAAAGCUAAAGGCUGGGGGCGAUUCAAGGAGUCGGUGGUGAAGGCAGAGUCGUGGAGCAGCGUCUCUAAGGCCGAGUCCAUGGAGACGCUGCCCGACAGAACUAAGUCUCACGGCGAGAUGUCCCUUAAGAAAACAGACUCCUGCGACAGUGGCAUCACGAAGAGCGAACUGCGCUUGGACAAUGUCGGAGACGCCCGAACACCGCAGGAGCAAAGCCCGGUCCAGUCGGACGAGAAGAAGGUCUUCUGCACGAUACCGGAGCAGAGCAUUCAGGCGUCUUUCCUCGAGCUGAAACAGGAACUGAGAGGAGACAUCAGAGGUCUGAACAGUCGCAUGGCGGCGCUGGAGACUCAGAUGGCCGAGAUGCUGCAACUUCUCAAAUCCAGGAAGUCUUCGGGUUCUUUCUUCGAGAUCUCGAGGCCUCCGUCGCCCGACUCCGAUGGGGACAGCUUCUGUUAAACUGCGCAUGGAGUCGGUGUGCGGGAGUCUGACCCGACACAUGUCUGACGAGAGUGCCUGACCACAGUGUGAAGCUGAGCCAAUGGCAGUUAAGAGGACGAUGAUCCCGCACAAAAGCACUUUGUUAUGUUCGUAGCAUCGCCCUGCGAGACAUUACAUUACAAACUGGACUGAGGAUAAGGCGGAUUUUCACACUAUAUAUAUAUAUAUAUAAAGUCAUGACAGUCAUGGCACCUUUGGUUCUCAGGAAGGUUUAGACCUUCAUGUGAUUUUGGCAAUAAUAUAAAAGAUGGCUUUACUGUUGUUCUUCAAGACUUUGGUACUGUGAUAAAGGAAACCGUGUUCUAAUGGCAUGUUCCCAAUUACAUACAAAGUCAAUGCAAAGACGCGGCACACGGCGCAAAUGGCGCAAAACAUUUGAACUUGAGCGUCAAAUUCGCGUGUUGCCUUUUUAUCCGGUUAUUGCAAUUAAAAAAACUGCAAAAUAUGUACUUCAAGUAGCGCUGGAAGUGGCAUCAUCAUCCAGACGUAACUUUUACUUCUUGGAGAAGGCAGUAAACAUCACCAAACUCUGCCGGAUGAAAUUUUGAAUCCAGACAUAAUGCCAUUUGAUUUACCGAGGUAUCUGGUGCAGCAAUAAUGUAUUUUCUUCUUUUUUUUGCCAUAUUGAUGACGUAAAGAAACGUUGUUGGUGCCUACAGCUCUACACUGGCGGGUAAUGCAAUUCAACACAAAUGAUCCAAAUAUUAUGAUGCAAAUGGCGCAACUUGAAUAUUUUUUCCGCCCUGGUGUGAACCCGCCUUAUAGCGAUGAUUCGGGUGGAUUUGCCCCAGUCGCUAGCUCUACCAGAUCCUGAAGGGUCCGCUCUCAUUGGCUGUCUUCACACUUCAUU